UUCCGCCCAAUUCAUUUUCAAGGAAAUCAUUGAAGUGUUCAGAUUUCAAGAAAAUUGUUAUCCAAUCUUUAUCAGAUAUCUACAAUUUGAAUUGUACAAGAACAUAUAUUGGUGAACAAUCGGCCAUGGAUAUCCAUGGUGAAUGCCGAUUGUCAUCUUAUAUGUUAGACAUCUUAAGGAUUACUGGUCCUUUAACAAAGAACCAGAUUGAGCAGUUCAAAGAUUUAUCAGAAAUACAGGAAACCCGACAAAGAAUUAUGGACUUAAAACGUAAUGGUCGAGAAUUCUUUCUUCAGAAUUCAAAUAACAAUCGUCAUAAAUUGGCAUUUCGAUCACCAAGAAGGUUCGAAAACAACAACGAGAGGUUCGAAAACAACACCGAGAGUGACACUGAUGGUGAUAAAUUACUCAAAGCAACAGCAAUACUCAAAGAAUUGCUUCCUAAAUACUUCAGUCAUCAGUAUGGCAAUAUGAAAGACACAGAAACACAAACAGAAAACAACACAGAGAAAACAGUUGAUAUGAACAAACUGAAAACUUUAAUGGAGUUUGCAGUUGAAAAGAUUCCAGAUAGUUCGAUCAGCAAUGUAAAGUGUUUCCUUGACUGCUGCAUGGGCCAUCUUGUUAACAAAAAUGAUGAGGCUAUGUCAUUUUAUUGUAAUAGAUAUACACAUGACAAUAAUGAUUUGACUAAUGAUAGUAAAAAUGAACUAUUCAGAAAUAACACAGACAUCGACGAAAUCUGGAAUAGUCAUAGGAAUUCUAAAUAUAUGAUCGAUGAUGAUUAUUUUGAGACCCGGAUGCAAUCGAUUAUCAACGCAACGGUUGACGCUUGCAAUAAGCGCGCCAAGAGCCUAGGAUGUAAAUCCAGUAAAGAUAAAAUUAUAGUUGAUUACUUGAACACCAGAAAUCGUAUUGCCAGUGAAAAAAAAUCCUAUCAACGUCAAGUAUCUGCUGAUGUUUCAGAUUCUGUUGACAUUUCAAAUCAAAAAUAUACAUCUAAUCAUGAAAUGGAAAGACAUGGUAUCUCAUUAGAAACAACAGACAACGACAAUGAGAACAUGAUUUCAAAUGUCAUGGGUUCUAGUAGAACAGUAAGUCCCCCGACAACGUUUGAAUAUUAUUCUUCUGAAGACGAUCUACGGGCAGCAAAUGUUUCCCAAUCAACAACAACAAGGGACGAAGAACACAUUGGCAUCAAACCUAAUGAAUCAAAGUCACAUCCGUCUACAUUUUCAUACUAUCUACCAGAGAGUGCGGUGCCAUUUAACUGGGCAAGAAAUGGUCCUGAUCCAUGCGAUGACGUGGUUGAUGACGAAUACUAUAGAGAAGAGUUAGUUGUGCCAAAACUGGAUCUUAUGUUCACAAGACUGGAGGAUGUGCCGAUAUCGUUUCAUGAUACUGAUAGUUCGCUUUGGUCAGAAAGCGAAUCUUCUGACAGAAGCUUUCAGAUGUAUUUGCGAAGUAAAAAUCAAGAUAAAGACAUAACUGGAAAAACCACAGACGAAUCAUCAUUUAAUCUUUCUACUAGACCAAAUGUAACAAGUAAUCCUUUAGUUGAACCUGCUUUUGAUAUAGAUGAAUCUAUUGAAAAGAUACCAGAAUGUGCAGUGAAACCCAUCAAAAACCUAAUUAAAAGAAUUGGUUAUGAUUCGAACACAGAACUCAGAGAAAAGAGAAAAAGAAUUUUAGAGAGUGCAAAUACACGAAUUUUACAUGAAGAGAAAGAACUAGAUUCAAAUUCUGUCGAUGUCAGUUCUAAAACUUCUAAUCAAGAAGAAAAUGCAUACAAAACAUUCGAUCUAGAAAUAUUAUCUCCUAGUACUAAGACUGAUAUGAAAAGACGAAUUUUGAAGUCGGCGAAAUGGGUUCUUGCUGCUGUCACAUACAUGGAGAUGAAAAAAGAAUUAGAAGAUUGUAAAAGUCUUUUCCAGAUUGAAAAUUUGAACAAUGACGUAGUCACAAGAGACAUAAAUAGCUAUAAAAAUCUAUCUUCAUCUUUAACAAAAUCACAUCCAAGAAAUGAUCAAUUUGGCAGUCGAAGUUCAUAUCAAUCAGACAAAUCAAGCAACUCAAGUCAGUCCAGAGGAAGAGAAUGCUCCUUGGAAAAAUUUGAUAAACCAACUGAGCAAGUUUUCAUUAGCAGUCCUAGCAGUUUAGUUCAUGUAUCUGUUUCAGGGACUGCUUUACAAAAUGAAGCAGCCAAUUUGGCUUAUAAUGGUCAAAUAAAGACUAAACUAGAGGAAUCGACAGAUGACAAUGAACUUACAAUGAAGUCGAUUGAACCCCAGGAUCGAAAGAGUCUCUAUGAACACACCAACGAGGAUAUAAUAGAUAACCAACCACAUGUAUCCCUUUCUAGUGAAUCGCUGAGUUCUGAUAUUAUUCCAAAUAUCAUAAGUAGUGUUGUUGAAACUCUACAAAGAGACCACGCUAAUCGUAUGUCCGAUCUUCCCGAUGACUUGUCAAGCGACAGCUGCUCUUGGAAUAUUCCAACGAUCCCAUCGGAAUCCCCACAUUACGGUUUGAACACGUUAUGUGACACUUCUACAAUUAAACCAGAAUUUCGCGCAGACGAUCACAUGGUAACGGACCCCAUGACAACAGAAAAACUUAGUGAUGUCAAGGAUACAUCCAUUAACAAUGAGGAUACGUUGAUACAAAAGACACAGAAAUCUUUAAAACGUAAUGAAAGUAAGAAACAAAAUGUUGUAAAUCACAAUUAUGAGAUCGAAACACCCCUCUACAGUGAUCAUAAAGAAUUGCCUGUCCAUAUAAAAAAUGAUCGUUUGCAAAAUAUACCCAACGAUCAACAAAACUGUUACAGUGCUGAAGUCAAAUCGGUACCUGAAUGUCUACGUACACCAUUAUCAACAUCGGACUGUCCGUCCGUUAUACAAGGCAUUAACAAAACUGAAAUUAGAACCAUAUCUGAAUGUCCAUCAACGCCUUCUUGCAGAUCAGACUUGGCAUCUACAGAAUCAGACUUCAGCGAAGAGGAAUGUCAACCCGGUCUUUUCGAAUGUUCAGAAAAGAAAAAUAGGACAUUCGAUGGUGUUUCAGUGUGCAAGCUCAUUACUACCAAGAAAAUCGAAGAUAUUUCAAAUCCUCUGAACCAGCUCGAUAAUGACGAUCUACUUCCAAAAAGUAUAGAGACAACGGAUGAACCCAGUGACUUGUCUGGUAGCAAGAUGAAAAACAUCGAAGAACAUCAAAGUAUUGAACAUAAAAACAAUUUCAAAAUUGGUCAGUGUGACAAGGAACAUUAUGCUGAUAAUUAUGAAAUCAACAAUUUUGAAGAUACAUCGAAGAAAAGUGACCAGUCGUCUAUAUUCAGUGUGUUUUCCAAUAAACCCGAUAUAAAACAUGAUGUGACAGGCAACACGAAUAUUUGUUCAUGGAAUAGUAGUCAUUCAGGUGACACAGGACCUGUUGAUCUUGUUGUUUCAGCUGCAAACAGUGAAACAAAACCAGCUGCAAACAGUGAAUCAAAAUCAGCUGCAAACAGUGAAACAAAACCAGCUGCAAACAGUGACACAAAAUCAGCUGCAAACAGUGAAACAAAAUCAACUGCAAACAGUGACACAAAAUCAGCUGCAAACAGUGAAACAAAAUCAACUGCAAACAGUGAAACAAAAUCAGCUGCAAACAGUGAAACAAAAUCAGCUGCAGUCAGUGACACAAAAUCAGCUGCAAACAGUGAAACCAAAUCAGCUGCAAACAGUGAAACAAAAUCAGCUGCAAACAGUGAAACAAAAUCAGCUGCAAUCAGUGACACAAAAUCAGCUGCAAACAGUGAACCAAAAUCAGCUGCAAACAGUGAACCAAAAUCAGUUGUAAACAGUGAACCAAAAUCAGCUGCAAACAGUGAACCAAAAUCAGCUGCAAACAGUGAACCAAAAUCAGUUGCAAACAGUCAACCAAAAUCAGCUGCAAACAGAGAAACAAAAUCAGCUGCAAUCAGUGAAACAAAAUCAGCUGCAAACAGUGAAACAAAAUCAGCUGCAAACAGUGAAACAAAAUCAGCUGCAAACAGUGAAACAAAAUCAGCUGCAAACAGUGACACAAAAUCAGCUGCAAACAGUGAGACAAAAUCAAUUGCAAACAGUGAAACAAAAGCAGCUGCAAACAGUGAAACAAAAUCAGUUGCAAAGAGUGAAACAAAAUUAGCUGCAAACAGUGAAACAAAAUCAGCUGCAAUCAGUGAAACAAAAUCAGCUGCAAGCAGUGGAACAAAAAUGAAAAAUAGGCAUAUAGACAAUGAGGUUUUUACUGUUGAUGAGAUUCUUAACACCAAAAGUUUUUCGUCGUGCUUAAACAAAGGAAAUGAAAUACACCUUGACAAUGAUUUAGUCGAAAAUAUUGGACCAGUGGUCAGUAAAAUAAGAGAAAAUACAGUUAAUUUCGAUGAAGCAUCUAUCAAAAGCGAUGGUUCCUGGGACAGCGACAGAUCAGAACGCCAAAACUUACUGAAUAAUGAUGAUGCAUCUGUAACAAGUUGUUGUUCUUGGGAUAGCGAUUCAGAAAUUGACAAAGACGAUUUUAUAAAUAUGACAGCUAGUAAACAUAUGCAGAGUUUGCUUGAAUCAGACAGUACAAAAAUGCAAAUACAUGGAAAUAAACAACUGGAGCCAUUACAAGAAACCAAAAGUAUCAUUGCAGACAUCAAACGUAUAGAUCAACCUACUGUACAAAUUCCUAAAACGGAUACGUUAGUUGGUAAUGAAUCAAAGACGCAACUAUCAAACAAAGAUAUUCAUAGUAAUAAUGAAUCGAUAGAAAGCCGAGGGUAUUUGCAACAUAGAGAGAACGAAAGAGGCUGUUUUCAACAAAAAUCUACACAAUCUGAAACUAAAUCAAAAUACAGCGAAAAUCUUGAAGGAGCAAUUGAAACAGUUGGAAGAAAUAUUUUGUAUCGAGGAGCAUUAGUAAUUGAUGACGGUGGCGGUGAUACAACCGACGACUGUUCAGUCAUCGAUAUGCCAAAAAGUGAAUUAGAAAGAUGGCAAGAAUCUAAAAAUCAACCAUUACAGAAAUGCGAUGAAGAUCAAAAUAUUGCCACAGAACAGAUCCAAACAUGUUUAUUUCAAAGGAUGAUACCUGAUCACAAAAAUAACCAGAAUGAUAAAACUAUCAGUAAAUCAAGAAUGCAGCCUCUAUUGCCAUUAAGAGGAACACCAAUGCUGAAUCAAACACAGAAGAUGUCAAAUGAUAUAACUUCUGUCGAUUAUGUGGACUUGAGAUCUAAUAUCGAAAUGGAUGACGACUUUAUUCAGAACUCGCCAGAUAGUUCAGAAUCAUGUUGUAAAAGAAAUUUCCGUGAUUAUAUGGAUAAAAGAAAGAUGGACGAUGAUUUUGCGAUAAAUUCAUACGAGAGUUCAGAUUCUGAAAUUUCAGAACGAAAUAUAAACUACAACUGCAACGAAGAUCCUACUACUGGUAUCAAUGUAGUUGUUUCUCAGAAGAGAUACAGACAAAAAAAGGCGCCAUUGAAAUCUGUUAUUGGUAGACCACCUGUUUGCAAUAAUACGUUUAGCAUUAAAAGCGUGACCAAUACAUGGACACCUGAUUACCGAAUAUGGGACUCUCUUCGUAUGGUUGAUGGAUCUGUUUGUCAAACAUUUGAUUACAUAGGGGAGACGAAAAUUCAAAUUUAG